AUGACAGCAAUGGAGCAUAGAUUGAACAUGCAAGAUGAUAUCCCGGCGCCAUCAGAUGGAUGUCUUCAAAUGGAUAAUAGAGGAGGAAGGAGACACAAAUCCCACCAAGAACCGCUAUUAGGACCUAAUUUAAGUUCACAUUACCGAGAGCGAAAUCCAUCCCUGAAAGCUGGUGACACUGAUACUGCAGAAUCCCACCAAGAACCGCUAUUAGGACCUAAUUUAAGUUCACAUUACCGAGAGCGAAAUCCAUCCCUGAAAGCUGGUGACACUGAUACUGCAGUAGCAGAAAAUAGUUCUGGUACACCAAAAAUGAAGUUGUAA